UGAUAGAUUAUGAAAGAAAUAUGUAAAAGAUUAGGGAUGACAUACGAUGAACUAAUUUGUAAAAUAUUAGUGCUGAUAUCUACUCAGUUUUAAUUUUUAAGUCUAAAAUUUCUUUGAUUCAUGCUUUCACAUAUUAUUUUACUGGAAAUUGGUCAAUUUUUGUGCUUAUGCUACUUUUGGUGUUUCUAUUAGUGGCCAGAUUCAGGGGCUGGAUUUCCCCAUUAACGGAUCUGUCAAGUCUGCUAAUCUUGAUAAUAUAGAUGCAGAGGAGACCAGUUCUAAUAGCAGCAAUGAUAGAGCGAAAUUAUGGCAUAAUUGCAGUUGAGUUAUAUCCCCAAAUCCAUGUGAUCCAGUUCAUGAACAUAUUCACAAAGAUUAUCAAGGAAAAACUGGGUGAGACGUCAACAUCUAAGAAUGAAGAUAGUUUUGAAGUAUAUGAUGGAGCCAUAGAAAGAAACAUAACAACAAAUGAAAAUGAGGAAGGAGAAAAUCAAAUGACCAAGUGUCUCAAGCUGUUGAUGCUUGCGUUGUGCGUUUACCGGCAGACCCCAAAGAGAGUAUAUUACAAGAACAAAGGAGUUGGAUGUGAAACCAAGGAAUGAAGAUAGUGUUGAAGUUGUGGAGGUAGAGACGGAAAGAAAAUGGCAAUAAAUGGAGACAAUGUUUCUAGUUUUCCUUUGGACCUACCUUAAUGGAGUUAACACGUGUUGUAAACAUGUACUUCAUCUUUUUUAGGAUUAAUGAUACUAUUUG